AUGGUGGACUACACAGAAGAGGAUGCCCCGGAGAAGCAAGACGAGAGCAAAUACGUCGAUUUGGAGUUAGUGGACGUGAACACAGGCGUAAAACCGGAGAAAGACUGUCGCUUUGGAGAAAGAAAGCAAAUGUCUGUGCUUAUUAACAGCAGCGCUCCCGGAGCUCCGCGCGCAACGGAACCAAACCAUGAGUUGGCAAUUAAAACUGAGACUGAAACUAAGAAGAAAGAGAAUGCUGGAGUUGGCAAAUGUACAAAAGAUGUCAAGGAGGGUCCCUCUGAUCCACCUUCGUCCUCAGAUCGCCCUCGUCUUAACGUAAAGUCAGAUGAUCGCCCGAAACCAGGAGAUAACAGCGAGCGCGUCAUAACGCAGCCCGAGGUGCCCAAAAAAGAAGACAACAAAAACACACCAGGAGACGAGGAAUUACAAAGCAGUGAUAAUUACUGGAGCGGGAGAAGUGAGUCGGAUGAUUAUGAGGAGGAUGAUAAUGUUAGUUUGGUGCUUUGCGGCGAUUACGCCCAGUGCGUAACGGAGGACGAGUCCCAUUACAUUACGACGCACGAGAUCCAGCUCUCGGAGCUUUCCGAUCAUGAGGGGGACUACGACCUCGGGGCGGGCUCCUCCACCAGCUGGGACAUUGAGGAUGACAACCAGGUGUACUCUUUUGUCGAUUACGCGUCUUUUGACGCUGAUGGAGCGGCGGGGGAGAGGGGGGACGGCCGCCAGCCGCGCUCUCAGGGCGCAGCAGCAGUCAGCACUCUGCUUGAAAGUGAUCUGUGCGACGCGGCCAAGUUCACCAGCUCAGAUGAGAGUGUGUCAAAGCCACAGCAGCAGCAGUGCAGUGGCAACAGUGCGGGACAGAUCCACCUGUCAAUCAGAACCACUUCUCGAGCUAUAAAUGACCCUAUCCAAGAACAGGGAAAUAUUCUUUAUCAUGCCAGGCGCUCCGGAGACAUGAGCCGCUAUGUGUUUAGGGGAGUUGAUGGGAAGGCAGAGACGUUGUGUGACAGGGCGAAGUGUUUCAUAGCAGCGCCCGGACGCUUACACUUUGGCCGCAAAUUGAGGGGAAAAGAGGUCACCGGGUACUCCAGCGGUGCGUCCAGCGCUGUCAGCGAGCUGGACGACGCUGACAAGGAGGUGCGCAACCUGACAGCCAAAGCCUUCAAGAGCCUGGCUUACCCUUACUUUGAUGCCAUUAAUUUCAGCACCUCCAGUGAGUCCUCUGCAUCCGAGCAUGGGAUAGGGAUAAACAGGUGGUCCACGUUUGUCGACCUGAAGUAUGGCAAUAUGAAUGUGUCACAGGGACUGGACCAAAGUGUUUCCCAUCAAAACUCAACGGCAUCAUUUGAAAUCGCCAAAAAUGUAGACAAUAGAGGUUAUAAGGGCAUUGCACUGGCAAGCAUCAAACCGCCCACCAGCAAGAUCUUCACUCUGAGUGGCAAUCCCCACGGCGCAUCAUCAUCUACAAAUAAAAUAGAGUUGAUGGGGAAAUUCAGUCAAGGUCACAGUGGGGUGAUCAGACUCACAGAGACUCUGAAUUUUCGUUGCAAUGUAAAAUCAGGGAUGUCUGAGGGAGAAAGACGCACUAACUUUGCACAAAACGCAGCAGGAUCACGUUCCACGGAUGAAGUUACCAACAGUUUGCCAAGCGACCAGAGGAGAGGGGCCAGCCAGCCGCCCUCUAAAACCAUGGAAGACACACACAAGAAAGCCAUAUUCGCCUCGAGCCUGAUCAAAAAUGUGAUUUCUAAGAAGAUGCAGUUCGAGCAGGAGCGCAAGAUGGAACGAGGGGAGAUAAGUGAGCCGCAUCAAACGCCUUCUCCGUGCCUUCUGCACCAGGAGAGCGACAGGGGGAAGGGGAGCAGGGAGCUGCACAGACAGAGCUCCAAGUUUUCCGAGAGCAGCUCUGACUAUGCUAUAAUGUGCUUGGAUGAAUUAGGGGACAUUGUGGACAGCGGCUCAUGUGAUACCAAGAGCGAUACUCGGAGACAAGACACGGCCGCUCCCGCACCAGAAACUAAUUUGGAACCGGCAAAUGAAGCUGGAAUCGAUACUAAAAAGGGCACAUUGGAAGCGUCUAAAAGCACGCUGCUUCGCAGCCAAAAUAGCGCAUUCAGAUGCUGGAAGGACGGGGAGCUAGAGUUUCAAAAGGAUCAUAAAAACGAUCAAACUCCAGAGGAGAAGCCGCUUUCAGCUAACGACAAAGAAGGCGAGGGGGAUCAGUACUCAUCGUGCAGCGGCAAUUUGACUAAAAUGUCACAUUUGUUUGUGCCAAGUAUCCAACUGCUGCCCAGUGACGGAGAGGUCGGACAGCAGCUGCAGAACAGGAAUUAUUCUCCAUGUGGAGACGGAGGAGGGAUACAACUGCGCUCUGACAACACUUUAUACAUCGCAGACUCCAGGAGCGUGGCUACAUCUAAAUCUCCGGAAAUUAAAAUUAAUUUACGCAGUGUCAGAGACAAUAAAACAGAGGCUUUUGGCGUCUCCAAACUGCGCGCUCCUAAUAUAGGCUGUAACACAUCCAGCCUCAUCAGAACCGAUGACUUCAAAUGCCAGGCCCUGGCUGCAGCUCUGAAGGGUGAGUGCUCAGAUAAAGUGCCGCAUUUCAUGGUUAGAGACAUUAGAGAUAAUAAAGGAAAACUGCAGACGCCCAUACACCAAGUGAGAGACGUGCGUAAAUUGGUUAAAAGUUCGUAUCACUUUGUGUCUUUGGAUAACAACGAAAAUAAAUCCAUCUUUGCCUCUGCUGACAACUAUUCAGAGCAAAAGAAGCAAAUGCCCAAUCGAAAUCCUAACUCUGUGUCCCCUAUAGUGAUCAAAUGUCAGUCUGUGAAUACAAAUAGUAACGGUAAACAAUCUGGAAAUCCUAUGGAGUUAUCUAAACCGGAGUCGUUUGACACAGACAGAUCAUCUCCAGAGGGCGCCAAAAGCACUCCAUUGCAAAGGGCAACAGACAAAGCACCCAUAGGUAACUCAAAUAAUUCCUCAGAAGGAGACAGUGGAUUAAGAAGUGAAAGCAGAAUAGCUUCAAAGAGGCAGGAAAAAAUGUCAGACAUCACAGAUAAGAAACCAGAAUCAAAGAUGGCAAACCAGGGGGCUUUGGAAAAACUCCAGGCUGCUGUGAAAACCAUGGAGCAGCUCUAUAUAUUUGAAAGAAAUGAAUGGAAAAGGAAGAAUGAGCCCCAGCCGCUGACAGACAGCCACGUGCUCUCACUGAUAACCAGCGAGCAGCACGCAGAACCUGAGGAGGAAGGAGCGAGAGGGUCCAUUGUUGACAAGAUGCCACCAGCAGUAGCAGCGUCCCCCGGCACUGACAGCCUGCUGAGGCGAGAGGACAAGCUCUUUCAGACUGCCGGCAGCCGUGAUGAAAGGCUGGUUGCUAAGUCAGUGCAAACCACCAGCACCACAGGGAACAAAAACAUGUUCAACAUCAGCUCUAGCGUGAAGGCCUCCGCAAGGACGCCCCAGCCAAACACUGUCACACAAACACCCUUCAGCACCAAAAGCUUCGUCCCAAAGUCCCCAAAAUUGCCAGCAUCCUUAAAAAUCAAUCAUACAAAGCUAAGUGCACAUGAGGGAGCUGAAUCAAAGGAGCUAGAGAGGUCCAUGCAGGAGCUCUGGAGCACCUCAGCUGACAACGAGAACUACCUUACCCUUCCGGUCAAGUCUCACGCCAGCAGCAACCAACAAGCCUCAUCUGCUGAUAAAACACCAGUGUACACCUUUACCCCCCAGACACACCCAGCCACUCCUUCAGCACAGUUUGGACCCAGCUUCAGGAGCCGGGAAGACCAUAACCAGUCCCCUAAACGCUCCAGCAUUGUGAUGGAGACACACUCACCAGAGAUCCCUCCUGCCACCAUCUACCACUCCUUGCCGUUGGGCAUGUCCACCAAUCAGCCUCAGGUGUACUGUUUCUCCCCGGCAAUCACCCCUGCUCCCACCAUGGACCCCUACCAGGCCACCCAGAGGAAGAUGCUCCUGGACCCCACCACUGGAAACUACUACUUGGUGGACACUCCCGUGCUGCCGACCACCAAGCGUCUCUUCGACCCUGAAACAGGCCAGUAUGUGGAUGUGCCCAUGCCGCAACAUCCUAUGACCCCAGUGCCCAUGCCAAUGUCACCUUUGGCCCUCAGUCCAGGAGCAUAUGGACACACCUACAUGUUCUACCCGGGCUUCAUGCCAACACCAUCCGUGAUCCCGGCUAGAACGCUGGUGCAGUCACAGAUGUCGAUGCAGUCAGAGGCCGAGAGCAUGGAGAAAGCCUCGUCGCAGCAGGCCGAGGGCAUGUACAUGGAGAGUCCCUUCUACAUGGCCACUGGGAAGUCUCCCCAGGCCUCCGGGAUUCAACAGCAGGCUGCUGCCAACAGGCCAAUGCAGGGCUUCUCCAGCGUCAAGCAGCCGGUUAUCAGCAUUACCUCCCAACAGGGACCCCGGAUCAUCGCCCCGCCCUCAUUUGAUGGCACCACCAUGAGCUUCGUGGUGGAGCACAGAUGAACGGCAGCCUACCUGGAAAGGACUGAGCUCUGAAUGGAUGCUGGACUGCUCUGGGUUUCGGCCUCUUCGUUGUGCUAUGUGUAUUUUAUUGGCUGGAGGUGACGGGUCAGGGCCCUUGUAUAAGAGGGCUAACUUACAUCCAGUUUCUCCUUUUCUAACUUGUACAAGAAGUGUAUAAAGUAUGUAUUUGUUGCUGUGUUUUAUAAAAUCACAUUGUGAAAAUCAUAGGCCUAUAUUGACUUUUCUAGGGUAGUAAUCAAUCACACCCUAAAGUGAUCAGGGUUUCAUUCUAAAAAUUCUUUAUUUUUAAGAUCAUGUAGUUUUUGUAAUGUAAUUUUACAACACAUUAUUGCAUAAUGAUUUUUAUGAUGUGUUGGAUUGGUGUCACUACUAUUGCUUCAAAAUGCACGAAAGUCUGCAUUUACCACCACUUGUUUUUACAUACCUGGAAAUGUUAUAAUUGUAUAUUGAACCUAUACAGUGAUUUACAUCCUAGAGAUCUCUCAUUAUGCACUUCUCCUGCAUUGUUAAUUUCUGAACAUGUUAUAUCACAUUAGAAGAUUUCAUCUAAUGACCAGAUUUUAUACGGUAUACGGAAGCCCUGAGUGGCAAGUCAGAAAAAAUAUUCUGUUGAUCCAUUUUUUAAGUCUGAUCUUAAUUGGUUUAUUUCAUGUGUUUAUGACUUAAGAACAAAGAAAUAUUUUUUUUGCCAGAUGAUUCAGUGUUUGUUGUUGUAAUACUCAUUUGUACUUAGUGCACAACUAACCAUUGUUCUAAAUAGGACUCAAAGCAUUCAUGUUUUCUUUCACGUAAGUUUUAAUUUAUCUUAGUGCCAAUUAAAAUACAUUUCUAACCAUAAUAGAGACACCUAUGGCACAUUACUUGCUAACAUACAAUAAAUGUACCAUGAGUGCAUGAAGAAAUAAAAUUCACCUUGAAGAAAACAUGAAAGAAAACUUGCCAAUACUUCUCUUUUCUUACUGGAAUAUAAAGAAUCAGAUUUAAAAAAAAAAAAUACUUCUAAAAAGGUUUAAAAAGGGAGUUUCUACCGUAGCAGGCAGGGCAAAGAGGGACUUCUAGGAUAACUCCACUGUGUGACCUGUUUGACAUGUAUUUCUAUGUGUAUCAUUGUUUGUAAGUCAUUAUUUUGACAUUUUGAUUUAUUAUUUUGUACUUAAAAUUGUUCACAGACUGCGGAUCUGCUGGCCAGUCCAACCUACCCUUCAUUUUAAAUCACCUGUUGGAAAUAUCUUACUUUUCUGUCGUUAUGCUUAGAAACUAGAAGUCUAGUCUAACCCAACAUCAGGCAUUCUUUUAUAAUAAGUGCAGUAACAAUUAUGCUACUGUUAUAAAGAAUACCAUAUUUGUGAAAAGAUUGUUGUGAAUUGAAAAGUCUAUAAAGAAGUGUUCAUGUAUUCAUAUAUUGUACUAUAUUCAAAGAGAUAAACCACAUGGAUUAUAAAGACUGUGUUGUUGUUUUAGCUUGAAUUAUGAUUAGGGAAGUCAGUUUUCUGCCUUCUGAGCUGCUGAAAUGUUGUAAUGUAGAAACUGCUAAGCUGUGAUCCCUGUUUUGGAUUGAAAUGUUACUCCAUCACUUCUCUGACUGCAGUCAAUACAUUUAUUAUGACUGUCAAAAAGUCUAAAAUGAAAGGGCCAAUUUGCCCAAAUUACAAAAAACAAAACAAAAACCAAUCGGAUUUGCUCUUAGUGGUAGAUAGAUUUUUUCAGGUUCAGUGUGUAACAUUUAAGAGUAUCUAUUCGCAUAAAUGGAAUAUAAUAUUCAUUACCUGAAUAUGGGAAUCGUUGUGUUUUUGUUACCUUAGAAUUAAUCUUUUAUAUCUACAGACACUGCAGGUCGCCUUCCAUGGAGUCUGCUAUGUUGAACUGCCAUGUUUCUAAAGUAGCCUUAAAGGGACAAACCAAACACUGGCUCUAGAUAGAGGCACUUGCGUUUGUUUGCGCUUUACACAGCCACCAUAGUUUGUCCUUUACGCUUGGAAUGGAGGGUACAGUGAGGGAGUUGUGAUCUGCAACUGCCACUAAAUCCUACACACUAGUCUUUCAAAAGAAGCCAACAACAUGGGGGUCCAAAAAUGGUAGACUCUUAAACUGAGUGAACAGCAUAAUCUGAGAUUGAGAGUGAAAAAAUUUUUAAAAAACUGAAAAGCAUAUUAGUGUUAUGGUAAUGUAAUUUGUUAUUUACAGUAAAGUAUGUUCGCUACAGUUGUUAGCCUUUGUUUUCAUUUAGCUUAUAUGACAAUUGAAUACACGUUAUGUGACUUCAAAGCAGUUUUUUUCAAAGAUAAUUCCUGCUCUUACUCUUAAUGCCAGAUCCCGGAACCUGUAUAAAAGAAAUUACCCAAACUAUGUGCCCAGUUUAUAGCUGUAUAAUCUGUCUGCACCGAGGCUAAUAUGUUCCUCUACAACAUGACCCCUGGCAAACUGAUGAUGAAGGUUUUUAUUUUCAAUGCUGUGGGCAAAACAAAUAAAAUGCCACUCACCUCCACUGUGUGAGUGUGUGAGACAACUAGAAGUAAAGGAGAAAAUGUGUUUUUUUCUGAUUUGGGUGAAUGAACCCUUUAAAUGUGGUGUUCAUAGAUUCACUAGAUUCACUCACUUCCUGUAUAUUAACUGCCAAAAUAAAAUUACCACAUUAUAUAGUAGAGGUGUGCAAUCCAAGGACAAAAUAACAUCCUAAUAUUUUCUGGCAAUUUGACAAUAACCUUUAUUAUUAUUAUUAUCCUGUUUCUACCAAUUGAAUGUGAUGUUAAUCUUCCAAAACUAUGUAUGUACAUUUCUGAAUUGAUCCACAAAUAAUCUACUCCAAUGUGCACUUUUUCUUUUAUCACAUUUUAAUAGUUGGUCCCACUGAUGAAGUUAGGUCUCUUUAAUUAUUUAUUCAGACAAAUCCUCCAUUGCCUUGGUUUGUGACUGCAGCAAUACUUUUGUUGAUACAGUUUUUGAGUGUGCAUGGGUAAAAACUUUAUUUUCUUUUAUGACUGUGCAAUCAAGGAAAAUUACAGGUUGUUGUUUAGAGAAAUAAAAAUCUGUGUGUGUAAGUGUAAAUACUUUUUUCACAGGGCAAGGCCUGAUUUGAUUCAGGUACUUGCUCAUGGACACUGAAAAGGGGGGGUUUGAAGCCAAACAGACGGUAAAUUCUGUGAAGGUAAAAGAAAGUAGAAUUGUUAUGAAGAGAAAAAGUAAGGAUGUUUGUGACUUUUGGAAUGAAGGGACUUUUAUGUGGAAUGAAAUGGUGAAUGCACAUCAGGGACAGGUAGGUUUAGAUGGAUAGAGAGAAAUGAUCUUGUCCAAAGGGAAAUUAAAGCUCAAAUAAAGGCCUAUUUUAGGUUUUUAACUUUGAUGUGUUUUGCCUUCAUGUACAGUGUUGGUUCAAAAUUGUGUCAUACAAGAGAUGAAUGACAGAUGCUGAUGUUAAAUGUGUAUUGUGAAAAUGUAAUAAAUAUGAAACCAUUUUGCAGA